AGGUACCGUUUUAGCCAGCGAGCGACGGUUGCUGUAGUGGUUGACAAACUGGUGUUUACUUUAAUUUUAUUUUAUGUACCUUUCUAAUUUUCGUUAAAAGAAACACACCCAAAAGCAUGCUUUCUAGUGUCUAUUACAAUUGUGUUAGUUAUACUAACUACGUAGACAUGUCUUUGUUAAAAUUCUCAUGUGUAAUAUGUACCGUUGUAUCUUAGCUGGAACCUUGUAACGGAAACCCUCAACUUUUGUGUACUCUAUAAAGAUUCGGGGCCAUGGGCAGGCUGGAUGACGCGGCCAAACGCAAGGUGGUAGAACUGCGUGAAGCGGGCCUGAGCUUCCGCAAGAUCAAAGCUGUGCUGGAGCUGGAGAACAUCAAAGUAUCCGCACAGGCAAUCUACCUCUUCCUGAAGGAGUUUAAUGGAAGAGGCAGACAAACUGAUGCUCCCGUGUCUGGGAAUGGUGGAUCUACAGCAGCCUCGGGCUCAAGGGACAUGGGACAAGGCGAAUCGAGACACGGUGGCUGGAGCGAGCAGCAACUAAGGAAUCUGCUUCGUGAGGCUGCCCAUGUUGCUGGCUUCUCAUCCCCUUCAGACUCCUCAGGGCAGAGUGGGGUAGCUCCAGAAUCCAGGGGACACUCCUCUGGGGCAGGCCCAACCAGCCAGGAGUCGCAACAGGGAGACAGGAAGGAUGAGGAUGUCCGAAUUGUAAGUGUCACCUCACUGGCACAGAAUACCCACCAUAAUGCUGUUCAAACAGUACGCUCAGGGAUUGGCUCAGGAGCAAUGACUGGAACGUUUUCAAGGAGAAGGUACACACCCUCACCAGCAAACCCAGUCCUUGUGGCUCGGAAAAGGCUCCUGGACAAGGCUUUGUUCCACAGAGCAAGGGUACGGGACAGUGGCCCUCAAUCUGCCCAACAGACUGUGCCAUUAGUGAGAAGAGAUCAGUCGUGUUUCCCUUACUCAGAAGGAAGGAAGGUCAUGUUACCUCAAACAACCUCAUUCAACCCCACGUCUGCUCGACCUGUGAGGGGACUCCACCCAGGGACCAACCUUAUCCGACAAGGAUUUCAGCAGCGGGCAAAUAUGCCUACCCGCUCGGCAGAACAGUCAACCCGUGUUGGCAUUCGGAUUCCUGUGCCAGGCCAGUCAGGUACUGGGCCACAGAAUGUCAGUUUGUCUGUAAGGGCCCAGGCUCCAACCAGUCAGCACCAGUCCCCUACAAGCCAGCAGAGCAAUGUGGACACUGGAACACUAAGUGCACUGCAGGAACAGGUCAAGUCUCUGGCUUCUGAAGUGCGCAGCCUUGGCUUGGCUCUCAGGAUGAUGGUAGAGCAGCAGGGCCGGCUGGAGAGGGAGCAGAGCCAACAGACACAGGUCCAAAAGCAAAUCCUCAGCACCUUGCAGAAAAUAGCAUCUAAACAGGGCCUCUGUGCCUUUCAGCACAGUACAGCUCCCACAAUGCCCUCAUGCCCAUUGUCCUCAGCCUCCUAUAGCCAGAGCACCUUCACCCCCAGCCAAGGCGGCAGCAGUUUGUGCAGUCAAGCUCAAUCCAGGUACAACGAAAUUGAUGGAUCCACUCUUGAUAACAUUGAGCCAUUUUCUCUGGACAGCCUCAGCUCUACUGCUAUAAAUGGCUUUCAAACAUCUGACUCUCUUUCAUUCAAUCAGACACAGUCACCACCAUUUACACAGUCACACACACAAACAUUCACACCCGAGAUAGUCAGCUACACGCAGCCUCAGACAGACACUUAUGCAGGGAUGGACAACAAGUCAGCGGAAAUGGCCUCCACAAGCACAGAUAGAUCCUUUCAAGCCUGCAGGUCUUCAAGCCAGUCUUCUACUGAACCUAUUUCUGUGCAUGAUGCCCAACUGACUAUUGUCAAAAUAGAAAACGUUUAAAAGACUGCAGAAAUUGACAUACACCGCUGUGUUUGUUGUAUUUCUGAUCUUCCUUGCUGAAUUUUAGAGUGAAUUGUCUGAUGGUACUGUAGCUUCCGCAAUAGUGGAUAAGUAAUGAAGACUUUUAGACAGCAUUUAAUAAUGGGCCAACCACCAAAUAGUACAUCCACAAAAAAAAAAUCUUAAAAUUGCAGUCAUUCUUUUUAUUCUCCAUUUAUGUGUUUUUACUUUAAUGAGCAAAUACAAGUUUCGUGUUAUGAAGCUAAAAUGAAGCCUGACUGUUUUCUUGUGUACAUGACUAUAUAGUAAAGCCAACUUGACUAAUUUAUGGUCAGAUUUAAAUGUUAAAAAUGCUUUCCAAUUGAAGUUACAGAAUGGAAAUGUCAAUAAGUAUCACUUGCAAACUGAAGAACUGUUGUGAUUUGGUCUAGUUUCUGGUGCUAUGUCGUAAAAGUAAAAUGGUGUGGAGAGUCCAUCUGCAAUCCCCAGCACUCAAAUGACAAGCACAGAUGUUCACUUAAUAUAUUUUUAGGGAACAAAUAGAAAGAAAAGUAGAAGCAAGGCUAAAAUCACAAAACACUUCUUACUAGCAAGGAAGGGACAAAUCAUAAAUACAUGAAGUGGAGAAGAGGUAGGAGCUAUGAAGCAAGGAAGAGAAGCAAGGAAAGGAAAUGAGGACAUGCAAUUUAAGAUCAUCGCUUAUGUCCACAUUCAAUUUCUGCAAGUCUCCACCCUUUCUGCAGACUUGGAACAAAUACACUUUAUGGGGUGGGGUCCAAACUUGCAUUAGUUUAUUUCUUUUUAUUUUAUCACUUUCACCUGCUCCUGUUCUGGUUCACCACAGCGAAUUCUCUACAAAUAGCAAAUCCCCACAUCCAUGCUCCAAAAUCUAGUGGAAAGC